UACAUUAUCAAAAUCGAAGGAAUGUUGAUGUGAAUCUCUGUUAGCUGUACAGUCUAUCAAUUCUUUUCACUUGAUAAUGAUAGCAGUAGCUGUCGAAAUAUCGUGUGAAAGAAAAUAAACUUGGUCAUAGGAAUAUGAUCUUUACAGUGGUAUUAUACUUUAUUAAACUUCAGAAUCAGUAUGGUCGAUUACCUAUCACUCACCGGGUUUCAUCUCAAAAGCGAUUGGAUAGUUGGUGGACCUUCCUCGUUAAUGUGUGUUUUACAGAAUGGUAUCAGAUAAUUAUGAAGAUGUCUUAAAGAUACUCUCAUAAUUUCUGACCUUGCUACAGACUUGUAACGACUGAUCAUUGUCAAUUUAAAUUGUUAUCGCAGCUUGAUCUCGAAAAUAAAGUGGACGUAUUCUUUGUUCAACCUACCAAAAUCACUUUUUGGUAGACAUUUUUUUGGAAAUUUCGAUUUAUCAUCAUACAUGGACUGACUCUAUCGAAACUUUGUCCAUUUCAUCUAAGACUUUUACCACGAAUACUCCAUUCAGACUUGAUCGACUAGUUUUCUGUUUAGAGUCUUCUAAUGCUUUCUCUGUUUUGGAAGAGUAAAAAUACGGAGAGCCUUAUAAGUUUUUCGAAAACCAUUUAUAAAAGUACUUAGUGAACGUCUAAAAAUCAUAAAUUGAAAAAUAUCCGAGCGUACAGAUGUCUAUUACAGAUCGUAAAAAUUUUCCCGAACACACAAAGUUUUAAUGUGCAACUAGUGUAACCUUGUAGUUAGCAAAUGUCUUUUUCUGAGGGUUUUGCGCCAAUUCUUAUAUGUCUGCGAGAACUUGAGAACACUUUAUUGUGAGGAAAAAUGUUUGCGCUUUAAAGUUAAAAUAUAAAUAGUUAGUUAAAAUAUUUUUUUUGAAAACCAGAAAAAUGAGAAAAAAAACUUCAGAAUUAAAAGGACUCAUGUUUUUCAUUGAAAAUUUUGCAAAGAUUCAUUUUUUGAGAAAUGAAAGGUCAUGGAAACCUUAGAGACAUUUCAUUCUGUAAAAGACACUUUAAGGUAUAUUUCGACAAUAUCGGCUCGAAGCUAAACUCUCUUUCAAAAUGAGAGCGUACCUUAAUUCUACGCUCAGCCGAAGAUUGCAUUUCAUGGUGUUAAGACAAACGUAAGUCAAAACGUCGUUCAAACUUACGAUUUCUGAUAAAACAUCAUUUCCUUUACUAGGAUUCAGUCUAGACUCAAGUGAUUACUUAAAAAUUUAAUGGUAGAAAAUUUUAAUAGUUUUUUAAGUAACUCAAAGUGAUUACUUAAAAAACUACUCAAGAGUAUUAAUGAAACAAUUCUCUGUUUUUUAGCUGCUAGAGAACAGUUGAAUCCAUCAUAUUUUUCGUUAUUUUUUUAGAUGAUGUUCGUAUGAGUAUUAGUCCAACAAAUAUGGAUGUUGUUAAAAAAUCAAAUCUAUUUUUUACCGAAAAUUAUGAAAAUCUAGAUAAUCAAAAACGAGAGAAUAAUCAUAAUCACAUUGCCGAUGAACAUGGAGAUGAUGUAGAAGAUGAGCAGAAUACAGAAGAAGAAGAGCAACAGCAAAAACUUGAAAGACGAAAGAGUUUAUCUGCUCGAUUCCGAUCAACAUCAAAAGAAAUUAAUUCUGUGGAACAUGCACCUUCACAACAAGCACCGACAAAAUAUACUCGAUCUCAAACAAUCGCGACUGAAGUAAAAACAUCGUUAAAAUCAUUUAAUCCAACAAAAAAAAAUCGGGCAUUUGACAUUAUGAUAAUACCUGAAGAAAGUAAUAUUUUCAGUUUAAGAAAAAGAACUUAUAUAGAUGGCUUAAGCGUGUCUUUGUGUGCUUUUAGUAGCCUCUUAUGUUUUAAACUGUUAUAUCUUAAAAGGAGUUAUAGUUUUUAGCUUUUUGUCAUUUUCGACUACUGAUAUUUACUAGUUAUUUCUAAUUUUUGACAUAGUUUACUAGGAAUAGAUCUUUCUAAAAAGUUGUCAGAUAUCUAAAUCUAAUAUGUUUAUAAGAAGCUGUUUAUAACAAUUGUUUUUUCUUGAAAAAAUUCGCAACGCUUUACUGGACCUGCAAAAUUAAAUGUAAUUUUAACAGCAUUUCCUGUACAUAGAAUUAAUAUCUAUUUCAAAAUGUAUGUGGAUGCUUUUUAAAUAUCAGUCGAUUCAAUUUGUGAGAUAAAGAUCUGUGGUUUUCGAUGUUCGAUAGAAGACACUUUAGAACAUGUAUCAGUGUAAAAGCUGAGUUUAAGUUUUUAGUGUGCCAUGCUGAACCUCAUUACGCAAAAUCUACGAAGUUGGCAGAACACGAAAAAACAAUGGAUUUUAAAUUCUUUAAGCUUUUAGAAGUGGGUUGGUUCAAGUCGCUGGACUCUCCUCUGCAUCUAUCAUGGUGCAGAUGCGACACAAAUCUCGAAAUCUUACGUAUCUCUCAAACCUAUAAGAGUACUUUAGUACUUUGAAAAGUUUUUCUAGACAACUUCGGAAGUCUUCGGGGAUUUGUGUCGCAUCUGAGCCAUGAUAGAUGCAGA